GCUGCGCCCUAAAACGACCGUGUGGCAAGCUUCCACCCUUGCCGUCGUGGGAAGCUCGGAUCCCACACGACGCAAGACAAACCGUACUCGUUGAUGGUGGCAAUUUUCUUGUAUUCACGUCCUUUACGCAGCGACUAACAAAUGGAACAGAAUCGAAUUCCUUGUCGAACGUGCUUGCUUGCGAGGUAAGCGCGAUACUUGGAUCUCGUGAAAGAUGCGCGAAAAAAAAAAGAAAGAAAACACGAGCUUCGAAUGACAGCAGGCGUCAAACUGUGCUCCACAAACCUGCCAUAUCGUCUAAGAAAUCUUGGUAGCUCACCGAGAGGCGCACCUCUUGUAAGCAGCGACGCACGAUAUAUUUUUUAAACUUGACUGUAGGAAGUUAUUCUUGUUUUCGUUCAACAGUGCGGGGAUAGGUGGCACAACGAUCGGUAUAUUCACUCAAUUAGAACAACUACUGUCUCUUUUUGAAGACAUAGGCCUAUUCAUGGUUUCAAAUUUGGCGUUCUCAAAGAGCUAUAGUGCACGCGACGAGUAUCGUAACGUGGCAGGGGAGCGGCAGGUUGAACGCGGCGGCUUUCGCACCGCCGCUGUGCCCUCGCUCUCGGACGGCCCGGCGACACACCACCGAUGACAGCUGCAACGCGCGGGCUGCUGCUUAUUGCAACCAUAGCCUCCGUCGCUGUUGGCGUCUGUGGACAAGGCAAUCAGCUACAGGAGAUUGUCAUCAAAAUUUGUGGUGAACGGCACUUCCAUGUUUCGGAAGUAGUGGUGGACUGCGCCGCCCGGGUCUACGGCGAAAAGGGCAUGCACGUGGCGCUCCGAGAAUGCCUGCUGGCGCACCUGUCGGGCCACGAUCCCGGAGCCAGCCUCCGAGUGUCACCGGCUGCCGUCGAAGAGCUCUGCGCGUGGACCAACAUUUCCGCAGCGAGUAGCAUGCGCACAGACGCCGAUGUCGACAAGGUGACAGCGGCCCAGCAUGGCUGCGAUGGGCGCUUUUUAAACAGACGCUCUUUCGACGCUAGCGCCAAGGUGGUGCCGUACAGAGCUGGAUCCACAUUCUACUGCGCCCUGUCAAAGCUGAAGAUCACGCCGCGUGAGUACAUCCGCUCUUACGAGGAUUGCCACAAGGACUACAAGAGCCUCGUCGGUCCGGAGCACGAAGACUGACGAGACUGAAAAAAAAAUGGCAGCCGCGCAGCUGUGAGGAUUUCACAGAGUGUGCGCGCAAUAAAACGCGGCGGAGUGCUCGGUCAUGUUGCAAAGCGCAUGCUGAAACUGCCGCGUAAUAGAGAAAUUAUCUGCAUCAAGGCAUAGUAUGGCUAAAGUCAUCCAGUG